CGGACAGAAAAAUUCCUACCGUGUAUAGACAUUAAAUAUGGGCGUAGUCGAGAUUUCUGCACGUCGUAAAAAUUAGCUGCGAGCUAUUAUCGACGCUCUCCUCUCACGGCAAACAGCAUAAUCACCUUCGGCGAAAUAGAUAUCUCGGUAAUCUACCGAGGACGGUAAAAACCUCUAGACACGAUAUUCGAUUCACGGUAUACAGGAUGUCGCAAAUGAAGCGCGUUUAACCGAAAUAGGAAACGGUGAAGCAAUCUCCAAUUUGUUGCUCGUCAUGCUUGAAGUCUGUCGAUGUUUUGCCUAAUCUUUCGGGCGGGAUUUUUCGAAUCGGACCCAACCAGGAAGAUCACUGGCUGCGCUACUUGAGGUUUGAAUCGAAUUUCGAGCGGUGCGAAUCGCACACCGAUUACCUACCUUCGCGACUCGCGAACGUUAUCUUAUCGGUGUCUCAACAUCGCGCGCGGAAAGUAAAAAGAUACAAGAGAGGUGUGUGUACCCGGCAACUCGUGGCCCUGGGAGUUACGUAACGCGGCAAGCCGGCAAGCGCGAUGAAGUCGAAGACAAGCGAGAGUUUUAUAGCGAGUGAAAGCAAGGCGGGGGUCUGGAAGGAUGGUGCCGGCGAGCACAAGCAGAAACAGUUGAAAAAAGGUAAAACGUUUUGCCAGUCCUGCAAGAAGAAGUGCAGCGGGGAGGUGCUGCGCGUGCAGGACAAGUACUUUCACAUAGGGUGCUUUAAAUGCGCUCAGUGCAAUACCAGUUUAGCGCAAGGUGGUUUCUUUGCUCGCGAGGGUUCCUAUUAUUGCACCAAGGAUUAUCGGGAACGGUGGGGCACACGAUGCGCCGGCUGCGGGGAAUACGUGGAGGGCGACGUGGUGACCGCCGGCGAGAAGCACGCGUUUCAUCCAAAUUGUUUCCAUUGCCAAAGAUGCCGGCAACCGCUACUGGGACAGGGGACGAAAGUGUCUCUCGUUCAAGGUCAAGCGCUGUGUCAUCGAUGCGUUGGUAUCCCAGUUCGUGAGGCCUCCACACCGAUCAGCAAUAGCGCUGGUACCAAAAGUGGAGGGCACACUGACCCUGGUGCCUGUGCCGGUUGCGGAAACCAAUUGAGGGAAGGUCAGGCAUUGGUCGCGCUCGAUCGCCAAUGGCACGUCUGGUGCUUCAAGUGUCACAGCUGCGACACCGUGCUCCAUGGAGAAUACAUGGGAAAGGACGGCGUGCCUUACUGCGAGAAGGAUUACCAGAAGCAGUUCGGGGUAAAGUGCGCCUACUGCAACCGCUACAUUAGCGGCAAAGUCUUGCAGGCCGGCGACAAUCAUCAUUUUCAUCCGACGUGCGCGCGUUGCACGAAAUGCGGCGAUCCGUUUGGCGACGGAGAAGAGAUGUACCUGCAAGGCGCCGCUAUUUGGCAUCCGCGCUGCGGUCCAGGACCCACCGGGCCCAACGGCAUCGUGAACGGACACGGGGACGCCCACACCCCGCAGCAUCGGGAAUCGGAGCGGAUCUCCAGCAGCGCCUCGGAGAUGCAGUUUUCAUUGCGGUCACGCACGCCAAGCCUGAACGGAUCGCUGUGCAGCCCUUACAGCAGCCUCAGUCGCAAGUAUUAUCCCGCGCGAACUGGGAGUCCCGGCCUGAUCUUGCGAGAAUACGGACGUCCGGCGGAAGAUGUGUCUAGGAUUUAUACUUACUCGUACUUGACUGAAACGCCCAGUCAAGGAUACCUGAGACGCCCGAUACAGCCGUAUGAUAAACCCCCAACUAGCCCGCAUUUCCAUAGACCUAGCUCCUCUCGUUCGAUAAGAAGCAGCGGUGGGCGCAGCAGCAGAUCAGGAAUGAGGGCUCUGGUCGAUGCCUUGAGCGACACCAGACCGAAAUCGCCGGCAAGCCAGGUGGAUAACGACGAGCCGAUCGAAUUAGCUCAUUAUCCGGACGCCAUGAAGCCACCGCCUGGGGCCCAACCGCCAAUCGAGAGAGAUGAUUUCCCUGCUCCGCCGUAUCCUUACACUGAUCCUGAGAGACGUAGGCGAUGGUCCGACACUUACAAGGGAGUACCUGCAUCUGACGAUGAGGAUGAAGUGGAUAAUAAAACGUACAUCAAGGAGGCGGAGCAGAAACUGAAGAAGCAGCAGGACGAACUGAACAAGAUCGACACGGGAAUAGCCAAAGUAUUCCUGCAAGAUCGCGAGAAAGACCGAGAGAACUUGAGACACAGGGCUGCGAACGUUGAUCCUAGGAACGCCUCGAGGACGCCAUCCGCGGCCAGGGAGCCUACGUACAGAUUACGUUACGAGAGCCCGGUCGGCGCGUCACCGUCGCGUAAUAUCGAUCACGCACGGCCCUGGGAGGACGACGACGGCUUCAGCUACCGAUCCAGCGGGCCUAGUUAUAACGUUGGGAGGUCAUCGGCGCGCUCCCCGGCUCCCAGAAACUAUCCACCCCUUGGUACUCAGCGCGCCUUCACUCUUCCAAACGCCACUAGGCACUAUCACUCGGGCGACUAUUCGUUCAGUGGAAUGGGCGACAAGACGCACAGCACUGAUUUCUCGUCUGGCAAGUCGGACAUAUCAACAGGCAGCAUCACGGAUGUGGAUCGACGGGCAUUGGUAUGUACCACAGCCCCAUACUACUCCCGGCGAAUUAGCAUGAAUGAUGGUGGAAUUCUUCCAUCGUCCACCACGUACACAGGUGGCCUAGGUUCGGUUGUUGGGAGCCACGGGGGUCAUCAUGUGAGGAGAUCUCUACCGGACAUGGGCGCUGCACCAACCGAACCACCCAAGCUCUACCCCUAUCAUUUACUCCUCAUCACCAACUACAGGCUGCCAGCUGACGUGGAUCGUUGCAAUCUUGAGCGUCAUCUCUCCGAUGCGGAAUUCGAGGCGGUUCUCCAAUACAGCCGCGCGGAAUUCUACAGAAUGCCACAGUGGCGUCGCAAUGAAAUCAAAAAACGUGCUCGGUUGUUUUAACUCAUGCGUCACGCACUACUACGUUUUACUUAUUGUAAUCGCAUCGUGUCACGAUUGUGUUACUGUGGUACAGACUGUACAUUCCUACUGCGUGGGUAGGUGCAUCGCCGAGAAAAAAAUGUAUUCGACGACCGUUCCGACCAUCUGCCGACCGGCGUUUCCUCGCGACACAAAGAAGACGGAGGAGACAGGAAUACAUGCAUACAUGCAUACACACACACACAUACAUACACAUGUAAUGACACGGAAAGCACUGCCACUUGUCGUCAAUUUUUUUUCUCGCAGCAACGAAUCCACAGGCAGCUUUACCCUACGACCCGAUUUAUUUAGCGAUUUAGAUUUAAAUCGUUCUCGAGUUCUCAUCAUCCAUCCGGAGGUCCAUCGUGACUUGAUUUCACUCCCACACGGAUACACACUCUCACACACACAUACACAUACGUUGACGAAUACGCAAUGAUGGCUGAUAUUAGUGCGAUUCUAGAGAAGGAUAUAUAAUCAAACGAGAGACAGGAGAGAUUACGAUCAAUUAGGAACUCUUAAUGCAAUUAUUCGCUAUUGUAAAUAAGAAAUUAAUCGGGAGAUCGAGAGGUGCGAAGCGGCGAAGCAGAUAGGAUGUCUCAAAGUACAUAACUGAGCGUAUUCGCUAAAUUGCAUUACAUACAUAUUAGCCUCGCGAAAAAUUACGACGCGAGGUACGCUAUUACGUAGGAAAUAUUAUUAUUAAUUUUUAAUUGCUAUCAUUAAUAUUAUUAUUAUUAUAUUUUAUUAUGUGCAACACAUAAGAAACUAAGUAUAAGUAGGUGAGCCCAGCUUGCUGAAUGGUGCGAGUACGCUAAUUAAUCGGAUGACUUGUGUGUGAUUUAUCACUUUUUAACAUACUUUCUGUGGCGAGGAUUAUCCUGUAAGGUGGCUUGCGCGCAAAAUGCGUUGUCCUUGCGAGAAGAUAUCCGGUCCAUAUAUCCCUUUUAAUUACCCUUGAUGUAUUAACUAAGAAAAACGCUCUGCAGUGCGGAUUGCGAUAGACUUAUACUACGGUCCAUUCGAUCGCUCUACAUUAGAGUAUAAAUAAAAAACGGAAAGAAGUCAGGACCAAAUUUACAGUCGUGGUGGAUUCAGCAAUCAAAUUAUCGAGGGCCUUAUUAACGUUUACGUUUUAUCGAGCCUGACGUACUCGAUCAGGUGUUUGUCGCUGUUUGUCGCGUCUAAAUUUUUCUAGCGUUUCCUCUAUUGCAGUAAGGUGUCAAGAAGAGGACACUGAAAGUUUUAGAUACUUUUAGAGCAAAUAAAAAUUGUCUGCGAAACACGAGUGUAACUUCCACCUCGAGCGCAUUCUUUCGAUCUCAUUGUCUCACGCUGCUUUCAGAAAUGCGAACUAACUUUUAUUAGUAACCCGCUAUCAGCCAGAGACUUCAAUUCUGUGGGCACCACAACAAUUAUCCUCCACUCUUAAAUUAGGUCCUGCGCGGAAUUAAAGAGUUUCGAUUAAUUGUGUACCGAUAAACGCGCUUAUCGCGUUUUUGGGCGGGCACGAUUGACGCGCAUCCAACGUUUUAUCGAAUCGACUGCGUUUUACUAUACACAUUUUGCCUCCUAUCCUGAGUCAUGUGCCUAGAAGCGAAUGUCGUGGAACAUUUCACGCGAGAGGAAACGAGAGAGAGGAGAGAGUAAGAGAGGAAUCGUUAGUCUUACAAGCGUUCUACACAUGCUGUACAUUUUGUGUAACACUUACAAUUCCUUAGCGAAGCGACACGCACGUUCGAAAAACAUUUGGAUUCGUCCUGAAACUUUUGCGACAGUUUCGUAGACUUUGCUUCUUCGAACGUCUUCGCGUCGCUUCGGGUAAGAGCUUCGUCACAAAGAAGGUCCGACGUGCGCUCCAUGAUCACGAACGUUCAAUUGAUUAUUUCACUGCCUCGACGUCAUUAAGGCCGACACUGUCGUAAUAGCAUUCGUUCAUUUUUUUCUUUUUUUUAACGUAUAUGUCAAAUAAUCCGCUUUUGAUUUCUGUCCCUGUUGUAGUCUGAAUGAUCCACAUUGAGGUUUGCCAAUUUUCUACGUGCCCGGUGUUCUCCGAUCAUGGUGCAACAUUAUUGUUCCCACUGUGCAAUGCGAACCAAUGUACGUUUCUGUUGUAUAGAGCACAUUGCUUCCGCUAGUCCCUAAAGUUAAAUAAAUGCAAACAUUAAAAGCUA